UGUUAGACUCUCACUCCAUUUCGCAUUGUUUUGUGCCCUGCGUGUGUUCUGCAGCAUCAUGACAAAGCACUCUGCCCAAGGAGUGAAGAAGCACUUCGAAGAAAUCGCUCCGUCCGGCGCGUUAGACAAGGGCAACAAGAGGAGGAGAUGCAGGUACUACGACCAGGUGAGAACCGGGACCGCAUCUCGGCUGAGGACGCACUUCCUGAAUGGUGCUUGCACUGUCGAGCGUCUGAGGGACACAAUCAGCAAGGAGGAAUUGGAGCAGAGGGUGGAAGGAAGAAACGCCGCCAUUGCAGAGCUUGGGGGAUUGGUUCCCGGAGCAGCUGGUCAGAAUGACCGUGACUCCUCUUCGGGCGAGGACGAGAAUGAUGCGGAUGAUGUGGUCACUACCGAUGUGCACACGAAGAUAUUAGCAACAGCCACCAAACAGACUAAGAUCACCGACAGUGCAGCAAUCAUCACGAAGAACGAGGAAACCCAGCGUGCAGAAGACGUCCGCACAAUCCUCGAUUUGUUGAAGUUGAGUGACGAAGUCGGCCCAACGAUCAGCAAGAUCUAUGGGCGCAUGGACGAGGUUGUGGAGAGCUUACGGAAGCAGGAAUGUUUCACAGACGUGGAAAAGGGGGAGCUUGAGGAGAUCAUCAUGCGGAGGUGGAACACGAUGACUUCUCCGCUGCAUUGCGCAGCGCUGCAUUGCGCAGCGAUGUUUCUUGAUCCUUAAUUGGUGUACAACAGAUGGAACCAACAUCUAUUGGACAAUCUUGCGAAGAAGCCUGAUGAAAAGGAGGAGGCAAAGAAGAAGAAGCCAUGGAGGAACGGGGUUGGGGACUUGACACCGGAGCAAUUGUGCAAAGAGGCAAAGAAGAUGGUGGAGGAGUGGAGAGCCAAGUUGCACAGGGAUAGGGAGGAGGGAGAGGAUGGCCAGGGAGAAGAAGAUGACGACGACUACGAUGGUGGUGUUGAGAACGUCGCCACGGCAAACCCCAUCGCACGCCAGCGGGCCAACAGCAGCUUCCUUGAGCUCGAAAGGGAGCUCAACAAGGACCUGCCUUCAUGGAGGAAGGUCAUACGGCCUUCCAAGUACCUCGGCCGGUUGCAUUUAGAGGAAUCUCAGUGUGCGAGCAAGACUGUCACUCACGAGCACGCUGAGAAGUAUAUCAGUGCGAGAGUUGAAGCGUGUGCACCAAAUGUGAAGGCACCCGCGAAUAGGCCUCGAGGGCGACCGCGGAAGGUGGCACACGUGCAGGAUACUGCAGCAGACGUGGUAGCUAUGGUGGAAAGUGGAGAGGCAUGUGAGCGGGGGAGCGAACAGGAUGUUGCUGUUGAGGUUGCAGCGAAGAGCCCUCGAGGGCGACCGCGGAAGGCCUCACCAGGAGAGGAGAUGCAGGUGGAGGCCACCCGCCCCGAGGCAGAGGGCGAAACAUCUCGGAAGGGCAGGCCCGAAGCCGAAGAGCGGGAGGACAGCAACAUGGACGAAUCUUCAGAAUCGUCGGGUGCUGAUUCUGAAGAUGAGCCGCUUGCAAAAAAAUAACGCAAAGAUUAGAGGAGAGAGAGAGAGAGAGAGAGAGAGAGAGAGAGAAAGAGAGAGAGAGAGAGAGAGAGUACGAUGCGGUCGAGGAGUGGAGGUACGUCAUUUUGUUUAUCUUUGCAAGGGUGUAAUACAGUGUGUAUGUUAAACCAAAAGUGUGUACUUUGAAACUACCACAAGUGUGUACACUGUACUACUACUACCCAGCCCGUGAUGCGGUAUGGUACACCCAUAAUCUGUUGAUAAGCAGACCUGAAUUCGAAUUCAUAUUGGAAUGAAACGAGUACAAUAAG